AUGAAAUUUUGUCGCGAAUGUAAUAACAUUCUGUAUCCUAAGGAAGACAAGGAGCAGAAGAUCCUCCGCUACGCUUGCCGUAAUUGUGAUUACCAGGAAAUAGCUGAUAACUACUGCGUCCACAGAAACGAAGUUCAUCACUCUGUAAGUGAAAAAACUCAGAUCCUAACGGACGUGGCUUCUGACCCGACUCUUCCCCGAACCAAAGCUGUUCGUUGCGCCAAGUGUCAGCAUAGAGAGGCCGUCUUCUUCCAGGCUACGACUAGAUCUGAAGAUGGAAUGGCACUGUUCUUUGUAUGCUGCAACCGGAAUUGCGGUCAUCGCUGGAGAGAUUAA